AUGGCGGGCGUCGGAAUGGAGGUUGUACGUAAAGUUAUGAAGACUCCAGAAAACAUCAGAAAUGUGGCUGUAAUUGGCGGUACAGACAGUGGUAUACUGCCGUUGAUGGAUGGACUCAACAGGACGGCUAGUCCCAGUGUGUCCACAGAGGACGGUAGUCGGUGUAAGAAGUAUGAUGUUAACCCCAUGACAGCUAAUCUAACGUGCCUUUAUCACAAGUACACUCCAGCCGAUAUUCCAGGUGUGGAAACCCUGAGUGCAAAAAAGGAAUUCGUUAUCAACAUUAUGGAUACUCCAGGUAGUGUGGACUUCUCGGCGGAAGUGGACACCACCUUACGAAUGACGGACGGAGCCGUGAUACUGGUUGAUUGUAUUUCUGGUGUCACAUUGGAUACUAAACUGGUUUUAAAACAGGCAAUUCGGGAAAGGGUUAAACCGCUCCUUUUCGUUAACAAUAUUGACCGAGCUAUCACUGAGUACAAAUUAUCACAAGAAGACUUAUAUCAGACAAUUCACAGUGUGGUGGAAGCCGCCAAAGGUGUUGUGGCAACAUACAGCGAUGAAUCUGGGCCAAUGGGAAGCGUUCAAUUCUCUCCACUCAAAGGUAAUGUGUUGUUUGGAUCUGCCUCACAAGGAUGGGGGGUCACAUUAGGAGAGAUAGCAGCUAAACAGGCAGAGAAGUUGAAAGUGACACCGAGCGUCCUUCUCGGUAAAUUAUGGGGCGAUAAUUUUUAUAACCCAUCACAAAAAAAGUGGAAGAAUGAACCAAGCCAAGAUUUUACUCGAGCGUUCAACAUCUUUGUCCUUGACCCCGUUUUUAAGUUGUUUGGAGCAUCCGGAAAUGCACAGGGAAGCGCCCUACCUGAUUUGAUUGAAAGCCUCGGAGCGACCUUGACUUUGGACAACAAUGAAACAAACGAUAGACAAAAAGCUCAAGAAAUGAUAAGCCAAUGGCUACCUAUAUCAAACUCACUGUUGACAAUGAUCGUUCUUCAUCUCCCGUCACCACUAACAGCUCAGGGAUACAGAACAGAGGUGCUGCUCAAGCGUCAGACUGACGCCGUUGGUACUUCUGCCAUUAGAACGUGUGAUCCUAAGGGUCCAUUGAUCAUGUUUGUAUCAAAAUGGUUCCAGAUCGGACAAACAGAUAUUAUGUAUGCAGUUGGUCGUGUGUUUUCUGGGUCAAUUGUGUCUGGAUCAGAAAUAAAAGAACCUCAACGAAACACAAAAGUCACUGAGACCUCCAUGGUAAUAGGGGAUAAUAUCUGCCCCGUUCCAGAAGUCAGUUGUGGUAACAUUUGUGCAAUUCGUGGCGUUGAACAGAGGAUCGCGAAAAUCGGGGUCGUCACCUCUCACAGUAGCCCGGUGGUGUUUAAUGACAUUAGACCCAGUGUAAGUCCAGUAAUUCAACUGGACUUAGACCCGAAAAAUCCUGCAGAUGCUCCUAACCUUUUGACCGAACUUAAAGUGUUAAUGAAACUCUACCCGAUAUUAGAAUGUUCCAUAGCGGCUUCUGGACUUCAUAUUCUCACGGGAACUAGUGAACACCUCCUGAUGAGAUGCAAGACGUACCUGGAAAAACAGAUUGUUCUGAAACCAACUAAACUGCACGUGGCUUACCGAGAAACCAUAACUAAGGAACCGGACAUGCUAUGUACAGCUGUUAGCCCAAGCAAUAAGAAAAACGAAACCUCUAUCAAGACGAAGCCUCUUCCGAAUGGUUUAUGUGAAUGCAUCGAGGAAGGAUUUAUUACAGCGGAUCAGGAUCCUAUAGCGAGGGCUGACUACCUGGCAAAAAACUUUGGAUUCGAUGCAAAUGAGGCCGAGAGAUUUUGGUCUUUUGGCCCAGGUGAUAAUGGUUUGAAUCUUCUUUACUACAGCUCGAAACAGGUUCGCGACCAAGGACACGUCAGGGACAGUCUUAUAUCGGGCUUCCGAUGGGCCACACGAGAAGGAAUUUUGUGUGAAGAAGCAAUGCGUGGUGUAAGGAUCGAGAUUCGAUACGCCAAAUGGCAGCUCUCAGAAGACUCUGACGCUGUCGAAGCAAUCCGUCGAGCAAUACAGGGGAGUGUCAUUGCCGCAUCACCACGUCUGAUGGAGGCUCUAUCUCGCGUCGAGGUCGUCUGCUCCCAGGAUGCCACACUGGCUGUUAGAGAGAUACUAACGAAUAGACAGGGGAGACUUCUCGAGGAACGCCGUGUGGGCCGAACACCGAUGUCGAUCGUUAGUUGUUACAUUCCAGGAGAAAAAUGUUUAGGGGUCACCAGUGAAUUAGGAAGCUCCGCCAAAAGCGUCCAAGUUGCAUUUGAUCACUGGGAAAUAAUGAACGGCGACCCUCUUGAUCCGGAAUCGCCGGCUGCAAUGGUCGCCAUGGAAACUAGGGCUAGAAAAGGAUUACCGUCUGAUAUUCCAGGAUCACACUCGAGUUCCGCUUGA